AUGUCGCGAGAGUUCCAGUUCGAGAACGACAAAUCGGUGUGCUGGAAAACAACCGUCCGACCAAACGUGCCGCUGAAGAUGCAUCGACACGACCGGUUUCGCGUCGUCGUCGCCUUACAAGGCGGCACAUUGAAGAAAACGGAAGAAAACGGCACGAAAACAGAUUUAGUAUUCGAGACUGGGAAAGCGUAUUACUUACCGCCAGACCCUCCGAACGAGUUACACGCGGACAUCAACGAAGGCGACGAGGACGUGGUCGUGAUGGUGUGUGAGUUUAAAAACGAAGGCGAACCGGCAAUAGGGGCGAAGACGUGUUCGUGCGGAUUAGGAGGGGAAUGCAGUUGCCCUAAGUUUACCGGGUUUAGAUUAGAAGGGAAUUUAGCACACGAGAACUGGCAACCGCCGACGACGAAACGAGAAGAAGGGUGA